AUGUCGCUGCCCGCGUCGCCCCCCGCCCGCGUCUUCGCUGAGCUGGUCCCGGCCCAGGCCUCGACCCCAGCCCCGGCGGGACGCGGCGGCCCCCCGGCGCCGUCCGGGCGGGAGGUGCACGUGAGCGGCAGCGCGGAGCUGAGCGCCGGGCCUGACCGGGCGCGGGUGUCGCUGCGGCUGGGCAGCCGGAAGGGGGUGGCCGGGGCGGCGCGGAGCAGCGUGGCUCGCCGGCUGGAGUACAUCGCCCAGAGCGCUCGCCAGCGCGGUGUCCCGGAAGAAAAUGUGACUGUAAUGGAGGAUUUUAGUAGAGUAGAAAAUGCUUACCAAAUGGAAGCAGAGGUCUGUAUUAUAUUCAGCGAUUUUGGAAAAAUGCAGAAUGUUUGCAAUCUACUCAUUGAGAAGUUAGGAACCUCUCUUACCAUCAGUCCACCUCAUUUCUACCAUACACCAGAAGCCAUAGACACCCUUCGCCGUCAAGUAUGCGUUGCUGCCGUUGGAAACACACGGCGGAAAGCUCAAGAAGUCUGUCGACUGUUUGGCCAGUCAUUGGGAAAACCUUUAUUAAUAAAAGAAGAAGAAACAAAAGAAUGGGGAGGCCACACAGAUAGUCAUCUAUCAAACUCCCCAGAUUCACUGACUCUGCAGGAAAGAAUCCAGAAUGCUACUGCUUAUGCUUCUUGUAGAGUGUUUGCUGUGUUUGAGAUAAAGGGAAAAGAAAACAGAAGAAACAAGUUGCUCUAG